CUUCUGGAAUUAUUUUAGUCAACCAACCCCUGAACACCUAUUACAAGUUUUGUCUGACAAGACUGAAAAGGGUCAUGGUGAAGUUUUGAAAUUGAUUCUUCAAACACCAGAUAUUUAUCUACUUAUGCAUUUGGAAGAUAUUCUGAAAUUACAACAUGUUAUGAUUGAGAGGUAUAAAUACAAUAUCGAUAUGCAAGAAGCAGACCAAAGAACCUUUGAAGAUCAUGUACAUCAAGAUGGAUUUGAUGAUGAAGCCUUAAUUGAAAAAUAUAUUAUUGCAUGGAAUUCUAUCUGCCCUCAAUUACAGGAUUUUGCUCCAAGCUUGUUGAAAAACUACUUUAUACCAAUUACAAAACAGAGCUCUUUAUCUGUCGCUCUUCCUAGUAUGCGUGGUCGUGGACAAUGUGCAAAAUUACUUGCUGAAUAUUUAAUUGAGAUUCAGAAUUCAUUUCUUUCAAACUGUCACAGAGCUAUGCGAUUAGCUGAGAGAAAUGAAUAUGCUGAUGUUCUGCAACUUGUUUCAAAUGAUUUUAUUUGCACCAAGAAACAAGAUCUCUUACUUUUAAUUAAUGAGCAUACCAAAUAUGAUAUUUUGACGAAUGAACAAGAAAAACAACAUUUGAUGUCUUACAAUAUUGAUGCUUUAGAAAAACAGGUUCAAGAAGAAUUCGUUCGCAGCAAGAAGCUAAUUGAUAAGAAGACAUUACCUUGUAUGAGUUAUCCUCAGGAUGUUGGAAUUGGUGUUGAUUGGGGUAGAGUUGUAGCAACUACAAUCAGUGGAAACAUGUAG